AUGAUGUCGGUUACCAAGUCUAGAUUUGGGUUAUUGGAUGAUGGUAGAGUCGUUGAUCUCUACACGUUUAAGAACGAGAACGGUUUCAGUUACACUCUGAGUACCUAUGGUGCAGCACUGGUUUCUAUCUCUUGUCCAAACAAGAAUAAUGAAAUAGACGAUGUGGCAUUCGGGUUUGACAACUUGCAAGAGUACGCAGAGAAUGCCGCUUUCUUUGGAGUAACAGUUGGAAGAGUAGCCAACCGUAUUGCUGGAGGCAAAUUUACUUUGGACGGGAAAGAAUAUCAGUUGGCUAGGAACAACGGAGAGAAUCACUUGCAUGGAGGUCCAACAGGAUUUCAUCAUAGGCUGUGGUCAGGUUCCUAUGAUGAAAGCAGCAACUCUGUAACAUUGACAUAUGUCAGUGCUGAUGGAGAAGAAGGAUAUCCUGGACAGCUAAAGGUUGCCGUUGUCUUCAGCUUGUCAACAGAUAAUGCCAUCACCAUUCGUUACAAGGCAGAAGCAACGCAUCCAACAAUUGUGAAUUUAACCAACCAUUCUUACUUCAAUCUUUCAGGACAUGUGGGUCGACUCGACAGUAGUUCAGGACCAAUCACUGGCCAUCUCAUUCAGCUUAAUGCAGAACGUUAUACACCGGUCAACGAUCAACUCAUACCAACUGGAGAAAUGCUAUCUGUUGAAGGAACUCCAUGGGAUCUUCGGUCUUUAGUUUCAAUUGGCAAGAGAAUAAAGGAAACAGAUACAAGAGGCUUUGACCAUAAUUUCUGUCUCGGGUCUGACAUACCAAGUCAGGCCACAACUGGAAGUCUGAAAGAAUGUGGCAGUGUAACUGAUCCGAAAAGUGGACGAAAGCUAGAAAUUCACACAACGCAGCCUGGUGUACAGUUUUAUACGUCAAACUUUUUGUGUGGAAAAAUUGCUGGCAAGGGUGGCUAUCGCUAUCAAAAGUAUGGAGGAUUCUGCUUAGAAACACAGAAUUAUCCUGAUGCCAUAAAUCAACCUGCUUUCCCCACUUGUGUUUUGUUACCCGGCAGCCAAUAUGAUCACGUGACUACUUACAAGUUCAGUUGGUGAUCACUCUUUUAGUGACAAUCUGUUUUGUAUGUUACGACGCAUGUAUUACAAAGUUACUCGACAAUUCAACAUCAUCCAAGAUUGAUUGUCUUUCAAAUAGUUUGAUAUUGAUUUAAUUGACCGCCGUUGUGUCAAACUGCAUUCGCAAAUGUGUUAUGCUACAGUGAUGAAUUGUAGGCAUGAUUAGAUUCGUUUCCA